CUCCCGAGCGUGUAAUAGGGCUAGUUAGUAAUUUAGAGGUAAUUUAGUAAUUGGUUUAGAGACUUGGAGUUAAAAAAAGAAAAAAGGGGGCAGCCCAUGGGUGCCGUGACCUCUUUUUCUUCUUCUCCCCCGUCGGUCUCUCCCUCUCUCCUUACUUCUGGUUCUUCUUCUUCCCCCUUCACUCGUUUCUCUAGGUUUUAGAUUUUCUCCAUGGAUUCUUGAGAAUUUGUACUGAGAUUCUAUGUGAAAGGAGGCCCUCUCCUCCUUGUGCCCUCCGAGAUUUUGAACUGACUCGAUUCAUGUUCCUCUUAUCUUGAUUUUUGUUGAAAUUGUUGGCCCCCUUUUUCGUUUUUGGCUCUGUUCUUGUGUGUAGGUCGAUCGAUUCAGUUCAUUGCUUGGGAAGGCGCUGAGCACAUGACCCCUGGGGCUGCACGCAAGCUGCUGCGCCUGGGGUCGAGCAGCACUCCCCUGCGCAGGGGCACCCGCGGCAGGUGGCCACCCGCUGGGAGCAGCACCUGCUCCUGCAGGGGUGUCACUCCCGGCGCCAAGGUCCUGCUCAGGGAGCUUGGCAGGCUGUCCCUGCAGAGCCACCAGGCCGGAGGCCGGUGGACCCAGCGCACAAGUACCAGGUGCCAAGGUGAGAGGGAAGUGGCGCCCAGCCCUGCAAAACAGGCAAGCGGCCACAACAGCAGGGCAGGUUGCGUGUAUGGCGGCAGCGUGCGCACAGGGCAGCAGGCCCUCGCAUAUAGGGUGCUAGUGCAGGCCCCAAGUGGUGUUCAAUUUUCUUGUGUGGAGGGACUCCGGAUCGAGUGUGUGUGUGGGAAAUCCCGCCUCUGAUUGAGUCCGUUCUUCAACAACGAAAUUGCGCCCACAAGAUGUUCGACAGAAUGCUUCACCGGCCUUUUCUUUUUCCGCUGAUUUUGCUAGAAUUGUUUUAGAUCUUUUUUGAGUAGCCUGUCAUGUUCUAGUGUUGUUUUCUAGCUUUAAUCUAUUUGCUCUAACACUAGAUUUAUUUUCAUGCCCUAGGUAAUUUAAUUUCCUGCUUAAUUCAAAACUGAAAAAGCAAAAGAAAAAUUAGUUAAUUAGUGCUAGUAGUUAGUUAGCUUUAUUUUCUUUCCUGCUAGCUUUUGUUUUACCUGUGGACUAACCCCUUUUGCUUGAGUCUUUGAGAUGAAUUCUUUCCGAUGAUUUUUCUCUAAUCGGCUUUUGAGUGUUUGUGCGAGUUGGCGAGUUUUGUGUGGGCUUUUCACUACUUUGCUUCCGCAUGUGAGUUCUGGCUUUUCUCCGAGAGUACUCCUAGUGCUAGUAGCUUGUUCGUGCUACGUGGUACUGGUACUCGCCUUGUUUAAGGUGCGUCGGGUGUUAUCAGGACAUAGGCCCUUCAAUUUUCAAAAUCGAAUUUGAGGCUCGCAUUCAACCCCCCUCUGGUCGCCUGUUCGGUCCUUCAGAUUGAGUGCUUCAACAACAUGGACUAGGGGUGAAAUUUGCCUACCGAUACCAUGAGAUACAUCAUUGUAUCAAGAGUUCUCUUCUUCUCAUCCCCUCUUCACGUUUUCGCAUUUCAUUUUGUAACUUGUGUGUUUUUACUUUCUUAGUGUCGUAUCUUGUUAGGAUUGGCUAUUAGUUGCAAAACUCUUUUGGGACGAGGAUCUUGCACCAGAAGAAUCAUAGUUGCAAAUCUAGAUAGCUUGUUUUAGUUUAAAUUUAUGUGCAAACUAGUUGGAGCUUAGGUUAAAGUUUUAAGUUGCCUAAUUCACCCCCUCCCCCACUUAUGCUACGAGCACCAAUUCCUUUCACCGGCGUGGGGCUGUGGCGGCUCAGCGCGCCAGUCACGGCUCCAGCAAUUUUUUUAUUCAAUCUGUACGGGCGGGUCACGGCAUGACCUGCACCUAAAAACCAAUUUUUAGGGGCAGGUGAGGGCACGACCCGCCCCUAGAAAUGGGUUUUCACGGGCGGGCGUGUUUUCCGCCCCUGCAAACAGCAAUUUUUAUCUGCGAAAAGUAGGGGGAGGAUGUGGUACCCAUCUCUAAAAAUGGGUUUUAACCCACCCCAACAAACUCUUCUUGUAGUAGUGAUUGGCUCCAUCUAGGUAGGGGGGCUGGAGCACCCUGCACUGCCUUGGAUCCGCCCCUGAGUACUGGAUGCUUACAAUGGGUCAUUGCAACCAGGUGAGUGCAUAUGAGUCGAAAGUGUUUAGAUCGUCCAAAAUAACUCCUAGCUCCAUCUUAUAUAUCUUAGUCGUCUGGGUGACAAUGAGAGAAGAAGGGGUGCCUCGCACCCCGGGGGUGACAUCUCGGUGGGGAGGUCCAGAGCCUUACACGUGUCCUAACUAGGGCUCUUGAUUGGUUGUGCUUUGUCCUAUCCUGAAGCCAAGUCUUGUCCACUCAUCCCACAGUACCGCGCGCCUUUCAAGGCCUUAGUUGUGUCGGCCAUUUUCCAUUAGGGUAUGGUGCAUGCGUGGUCUUGGCACGACCGCCCCAGUCCACCGAGGCGGGCUUCUUUCUCUCGUGGCGAGGUCAACUCUCCUUGCGAAGGUUGGGAGGUCAGGCCUUCUUUCUCCCGGUCCUGGCGAUACAUGGUGGGCCCCGCUAUCUCAGCGCGUGUACCUCACCCUAUGCCUCAUAGCGGAGGGCAACCGGUUAUGGCCGUCCCUCAGUCUGAAAGGGGUCCGGGUCGACCCACUUGUGAAGUCGAUUCGCUCCUCAUUUUAGCACAUGGGCUGAAGCGGUUCGACCCUAAACAGAAGAGGGGCACUAGGGUUAAGAUUCGAUCGAUCCCAAUCGACCCUAGGGUCGACCCGGCGGCGCUUCUCCUCCUCCCGCAACAGCGCCGCCCCUCCUUUUCCCUCACGACAACAACGCUCUGCCGGCCGUCACAGGGGGCGGCGGUGCGGCUUGCAGGCGGCCCGCGGCGGGGGCGCCAGGGGGCGGCGCGCGCAGGGCCCAGCUGCAGUGGCCGAGCGCGCAGGUCGAAGAUUUUCUAGCACACGGCCAUGGGUGCAUCUGCACAAGGCGGAGCGCCAGGCGAGGCAGCGAGCGCCGCACCGGAGCUGCAGGCUAGCCGACAGGGCAUCUCAAGCACAUGCUGGGGAUGAGCAAGGCAAUGAUGGAGCUCCGUUGGGGCGGCAAUGCUUGCGGUGUCAGGAUUCCGUUGGUUGUCCUGGUGAGCUGUGGUCAAUUUCUUCUCUGUUCUUUGCCUUCCUCCCCGCCGCUGGUGCAGCCAUGGCGAUGUGCUCUGCCGUGCUUGUUUUCUAGGAGUGUUCCUGUGCUGCACCGUGAUGCAGGGGGCCUGCUACAUGGAGCUGCUCCGCCUGCUCAAGUGAACUGCAAGGAUAUGAAUCUCGGUAUGGCUUGGAUGUUGCAGAUACACUCUCUUUUCUACAGAAGUAUGGUCUUACAGUUUCAUAAAAAGUUCUACAAAGCGAUUCAGUCUAUGGGGACAACACUAAAAUGCCCAGAGGUCUGGCGGCCAUGUGUAUAUAUGUUUGUUUCUCACAAUUUGGGCCUGGAUAUUCAGGGAGGAAUGUUCUGCUGGUACACAGACCAUGUGGUUGGACCUGGGUUCUCUGAGUUGCUUGGCAACCAUGGCCGGCUUGAGAAGCGAUCUCCUGGGAAGGCUUUCCUUGAGGCCGUCACUUAAGGUUCCCAGACUCUACAGCAGGAAUGCCAUUCUAGACGUUUUGUUUUUAGUCUAUCUUAAUCUGCUUUGUGGAACUUGAAUUCCAAGUGCUUGUGUGGCAUUACAGUGCCUUAUCUGAACUUACCUAUCUUGUUAAACAUCGUUAUGCAUGGAGUUAUCUGUCACUUGCGUCAUGGGAUUCAAAAUCUCACUUGCGCCAGUACCUGA